AUGCGUGUGCUGUUUAAAACCAGAUACCCUUUGUUGGAGAACCCAGAGAUACUGAGAAAAAGUGCUGAAGACUUUCUCAACAGAGCAGCAAUGACAGACACUGGACUCCUCUUCUCUCCAUCUCAGAUCGCCCUCACAGCCAUCCUCAACAGUGCAACACGUGCUGGCCUGAAGAUUGAGGCAUAUUUGACCGAAUGUAUGGGGCUUAAAGAGGAUAAAGAGACACUCUCUAAGUUGUAUGAGUCAAUGAGACGAAUAACAAGUCUUAUGAAAGUGUAUGAGCUUCCCAGAGCUGAGGAGGUUGAUGCCUGCAAACAGAAACUGGAAAGGGUUCAUGCUGAAUUUGCUACAAACUUGAAAAGAAAACAUGGAUAUGAAGAUGACGAUCACGUUGUGAAAAGGCAGAUGGUUGCUGAGGAAGAAUGGACUGAUGAGGAUUUGGAUGCAUUAUGAUGGAAUUGUUUUUAAAUCAGCAACAUCGUCGACAGUUGUUUCAUGAAUGGGUUGAGUGAUUCCUUUUGACACUUGCUGUUCUCAAACUAAAUUGUAAAUACUUAAGCAAAAUGUUGUCUUUUACUUCUCUAAAAAUAAAAUAUUUUUUUUUACUACCAUAAGCUUUUAUCCAAGAGUGACAGUUAAAUUUGUAUAUUGUUUCCAGGAAAUCUUUCCAAGUGCUGUUUGUCUGAACUUUAUAUUCA